AUGAGUAGUGGUUCAAAUCAGAGGACUUUGUUCCAGACCUGGGGUGCGUCUGUGUCUCAAAACAAAGUUGUACCGCCGAAGAAUGACGGCAAGAAAGCUGCUGGGACGUGCAGGACAACCCCAGGCAACACUGCAAAGGUAGCUACAGCACAUCCUCCUCGAAAUCAUUUAUGGGAUGAAAUAGGUCAGGGGUCCACAUACACGUCAGAGAGCCCUGUGAGGAUAGGGGACCCUAAACCUGCGUACGAAGAUGAAGAGGACGAUGAUGAUGUGAUGGUGGUCGCUGUCUAUGAAGCUGAAAAGAGCCUGCAACUUGAUAAUGCAAACUUUUUUCCAGAUGACAACACUGUAGGAACAGAGAACACUGCCCCCUCUCCAGUUGGAUUAGGUGGACAGUCAUAUCCAGACUUUCCUGGCUUUGAUAGCUCCUCAGCAAAGGUAUGGAUAUACCCCACCAACUAUCCCAUCCGGGAUUACCAGCUGAAGAUAUCAGAGGUUGCCCUGUUUCAGAAUACACUGGUGUGUCUCCCCACUGGCUUGGGAAAGACUUUUAUAGCCUCUGUGGUUAUGUACAACUUCUACCGCUGGUAUCCAUCGGGGAAGAUUGUUUUCAUGGCUCCCACUAAACCCCUGGUGGCACAGCAGAUUGAAGCCUGUUAUAAAGUGAUGGGGAUUCCUCAGGCACAUAUGGCUGAGCUGACAGGCAGCACAGCAGCAAAGCAGAGGCAGGAGGUGUGGAGGUCAAAACGUGUCUUCUUCCUCACUCCUCAGGUCAUGGUUAACGACCUGUCCAGAGACACCUGCCCAGCUCAGCAGGUCAAGUGUGUGGUGAUUGAUGAAGCCCACAAAGCGCUGGGCAACCAUGCCUACUGUCAGGUGAUCAGACAGCUCGGCAGUCAGUCUCUACAAUUCCGCAUCCUGGCUCUUAGUGCCACUCCGGGGGGGGAUACAAAGUCAGUGCAGUCGGUCAUCUCUAAUUUGCUCAUCUCCCACAUUGAGCUACGUUCAGAAGAAAGCCCAGAUAUCCAGGCCCAUUCCCACCAGCGCAGUGUUGAAAAAAUGGUGGUUCCUCUGGGAGAGGCCUUGGCUGCUCAACAGGCUCGCUACCUGGAGGUGCUGGAUAAAUUCAUGUCUCGUCUGGUCCAGAACCGGGUGAUGGCACACAAAGACCUGCGGACUCUCACCAAAUACCAGCUCAUCCUCGCCCGGGAUCAGUUUCGCAAGAACCCGCCAACAAACCUCAAGGGGCCUCAGCAGGGAAUGCUGGAGGGUGACUUUGCUCUUUGCAUCAGCCUGUACCACGGCUAUGAGCUGCUCAUGCAGAUGGGGCUCCGAUCGCUCUUCUUUUAUAUCCAGGGAAUCAUGGACGGGUCCAAAGAGAUGACCAGGGCCAGAAAUGAGCUGCACAGGACUCCCACCUUCAUGGACCUUUACCAUGAGAUGGAGACAAUGUUUGUGAAACCAUCUGCUGGUCCAGAUGAGCCAUUCAUUUACAGUCACCCCAAACUGAAAAAACUGGAGGAGGUGGUGCUGCAGCACUUCAGACUGUGGGCUGACAGCUCAGCAGACAAUAACGGUUCUCAUCCUCAGGAAGUAAGCACCCGUGUGAUGAUCUUUUCGUCAUUCCGUGAGAGUGUACAGGAGAUCGCAGCCAUGUUGAAUUGCCAUGCUCCGCUGAUAAGGGUCAUGACGUUUAUGGGGCAAGCCUCAGGAAAGGGAGUCAAAGGUUUUACCCAAAAGGAACAACUUGAGGUAGUGCACAAGUUCCGACAAGGAGGCUUCAACACACUGGUGUCGACCUGUGUCGGGGAGGAGGGGCUGGAUAUCGGAGAGGUGGACCUCAUUGUUUGCUUCGAUGCACAGAAGAAUCCCAUCCGCCUGGUGCAGCGAAUGGGACGUACGGGACGUAAACGGCAGGGACGCAUCGUCAUCAUCUUGGCUGAGGGACGUGAGGAGAGGACUUACAACCAGAGCCAGAGCAACAAGCGCAGUAUUUACAAGUCAAUCAUUGGCAAGAAAAAUGGGUUCCACAUGUACCCCAACAGUCCCCAUAUGCUGCCCGAGGGGGUGAACCCCACCCUGCAUAAGAUGCACAUUACCUGUGGCCAGUUUGACCACCAGGAGAGCAGCAGGCGGUCUACCAAGGGUAGACGAUCACACUCUGAGGGUCGGGCCUCCCUCAUCCAUCCUCAAAAUCUGAUUCGGCAGGGCGGUGCAAUGUGCAAUGGUUUUCUGAGCAGCACAGAGUAUUCACUGUGGGCGUCCAGCAUGAGGCUGGAGGAAGAUGAAGCUCAUCCAACCUUGAAGCAGUCACACUUCAUGUCCCUGCCCAGUGAUCCGCCACCUCAGGACGUUUCCAAAAGUGGAACGCCAUCCAGAGAGCUGUCACUGUGGGAAUGGAGACACUGGCAGCACAAAGCACUUCCAACCCAUGUUGUUGAUCACUCCCUCCGCUGCCAGCACUUCGUGAAGGUGAUGGGGCUGAUAGAUGCCAUGAGAGAGGAAAAUGAGGGGGAAUGCCGCUACGAACAGGAUCUUCUUCCUUACUUCAGUGCCAACGGGGAAGUGAUGCCCGAUAAAACAGAAAAAAAGAAGAGACAGAGAAGCACAAAAAACAAUCCUAGAACUGCCAGCAACAAAUCCAAACCAUCUCACAAGUCUUUGUCUGACCUGGAAUGCAUCGAUGAGGAAACUGCACGAGGAAUGGAUUUCAUUUUUACAUCAGUCUCGAAUAAACAGAAGCCUUUUGUUGAACAUGAGAACGAGAAACCUCAUGAGGACAUCAGAGGUCACGCAAUUUGUCCACUUCAGUCAAACAAUGACUGUCCUGUCACUGACGUGAAUGAUGACUGUGCUUUUGUUAUUGAGGACAACACAAAAGCAGAGUGUACAGAGAGAGAUGCACUUAAUUUAGACAAUAUUUCACAGGUGAUCACUAGAAUCGAUGAGAGGGAACCUGAUCUAGGUGAAGAUGUUGAACUUCAGGCCAUGUUCUAUCUUCCGAAAUGGGAUUUAGUGGCUCCCUCCUCCACCAAACUCCUCCCGGGAAGAGAUGAGGGUCUUAAGGUCAUCCUGGCCAAUGUGGCAGAGCUCCUGUCCCGAUCACCACCACUGCUCACUGUAGACUUAGAUGCUGCCAUGGCCUCCCCAUCACAUCCUCCCUCUCCUCAGCGGGUGCAGGGGCUUCUUCAACCAUUCCAGGUCAGCUUCGCCUUGGAUAUGGACAACGACGACGACGAUGAUGAAAUAGUGAUGAGUGACGCUGACGAUGCUGACGGGUGUUUAGUGGAAAAAGAGGACAACACAAUCUAUCAUAAUAAGCAGUCUGUCCGCAGGGGCAGCACAGCAGCCGACAGUCCGACCUGGGAUGAGGUUUUUGAUGAUGAAGAAGAGCGUGAGAGUCAUGAUGGCAUGGAGAUCGAUGAUGAAAAGGGCAAUGAUGUCAUAAAACAACAGGCUGGCGAAGAAGCAGAUAAGAGUGGUGGCAAGGAAACAGAGAAUUAUUUGGAAGAUGUGAGGGAUGAUGUGAUGAAUGAAAGCAUGGAUUUGUUUGAGGAUGACGAAGCUUUCCUGCAGAUGACCAUCCCAGAAAUCCCCACCCCUGAACACAGUGUCAUGCCCAGAACACCCCCCAGUGCUGAGGAUAAUGUUAAAAGCACAAAAAAUAUGUUAAAAUCUUCUGAUACGUGUACUCUGACAAAUCCAUGUAGCACUACAGACUCAACUAACACUCAUUUAACUCAGGACACAAUCACCCAUAACAUUACAGAGCCAGAACAUCACACACACACAGCAGCACCAAAUAAACAUGCAACAGAAAAUGCAGAGUCAUCUGACAACUCCCAUGACUACUUUCCCGUCAACUUUGACCUUGGAUAUACACUGGAGGACUCUGACGAGGAGGAGGAGGAUGUAGUGGUCGUUCCUGCCCCAUGUACAGCAACCUCCCCGCACCCUAAAAAGCAGGCUGACCCCACAGUGUCUUUGCCUGGCGUCUCAAAGUCAUCCACUCCUUACAACAGCUUCCACAGACCUAAACAUUACAGUGAAUGCAAAUUAUCUACAUCGGAAAGCACAUUGGAGCACAGGAAGAAAGAAAUGUCCUCUCCUCUGAUUUCAACUUUGGUCUCUAAAGAUAGCCCGCUACCAUCUCCAAUCACAUCACCAGAAGCCAGGUGGAGGCUCAUGUCAGGUCCAGCUGGGCCUCGCACCCCAUCUUCACCCUCCAUCUUGAAGCGGAGACGACCAGAAGGUUGGACCACUGAGGCAGAGACAGGGCCUGACAUGGAAAAGAGCCCACGCCAAGAAAUUGUGUUUGUGUCUGACUUUUCUCUUCAUCCAGCGGAGUGCGACACUGACAGUGAAGAGGAGGUUGUGGUUCAUAAAAGAAGACCUCAGAACAAGAUCAACCCUUUGAUGUCUCCACAAAUGUCAAAGAUCUCCAGUGAUGUCGACUCCCCAGUGGUAGCAAACAGGAAACGUGUGGCUGCACUUAAUACUUCUGAUGAAACAGAGGGUGAAGCUGUUUCUGAUGAUGAUUUCCAGAAUGAUUCUGUGUUCAAACGCAGAACCACAGCACACUCACCUGAGAGGCAGCGAGUCCAACAGGGCAAAACCAAGCAAAAUGUACGUCGAAAAGUUGGGCAUCAGUUCCUGGAUGUGGAAGCAGAGCUGUCUGAGGACGAGCGGGAUGAAGUGUCAUCUGAUGAAGAAGAUGGAGACGAACUGAACCAUUCUCUAGACGGCUUUGUGGUCAACAACACACACUUCUCCCAGGGACUCAAUGACUCUGAGAUGCACGGGAUUUACCUGAAGUCAGUGAGAAGCCCUGCAGUCCAGGGCAAGUUCAAAAUGUCCUACAGAAACCAUCACAACAUGGACAUCUUUUCCCAGGUGCCUGAGAUGGAUGAAACAUAUGCAGAGGACAGCUUUGUGGUGGGCAGUGAGGAGGAGCUGGAGAACAGUGAGGAAGAGGCCGAAGAAGAAGCUGUUGAACUUAUGCCAGAGGAUUCAUAUGUGGAUGGGAAGAGGCAGUACGCUACUAGACGCCGUGUCUUCUUGCAUAAAGCCAGAGCAAAGACUGGAGCAGGAUCUGGGGCCAAAACCAAGGCUGAAUCUCCUCCAGAGCAAAGGGCUGGGGUGAAAACCAAGCGCACCCGAGUCAUACGCGUAACAGAUUCUAGUGAGGAGGAGACAGGGGACAUUGUUGAAGAGAAAGGCUUUGUAACAGGAAGGGAUGUUGCUGUUGCCCUGCAGCCAAAGCCAGUACAGCAUGACUCAGAUCUCAGCAAGCAGAAACCUUCCUCCUCCUCCUCCUCUUCAACCUUAGCAUCCAAAGUCUCACUCCUGAGCAGGGGACAGAGGGGCUCAGUGACUGAAGACCUGCAGAAUGAGAGGUGUCGCCAGAGGUUUGAAAAUCAACAUCUGCUCUCUAACCAGCUAGACUUUGUGGAGUCAGACUCAUUAUUAUCCUCCAAGAAACAACCUCAGGAACCUCCUGCCACCUCUCAGCCUGCGAGGUCUAUCAGACAGGAUGUGUCAGUCAGCGAGGGCCCAGCACCACCUGCACCACCUGCACCCAUCUGUAUUCUGGUGGACAGUCGCUGCCUCAGUACUGGAGUGGAGCUGAUGACCAGCCUCCGUCAACGCCACGCAGCCACCGUCCACGUCUGCUCGCUGGAUGGCAGCUACUUCAUCGUCAGCAACCGCAUGGCAGUGGAGCGGCACAGCCAAUCAGAUCUGGCCGCAAUGCAGAACCGGAAGCGAUUGGCUGAGAGAGUGAACAGCUUGCAGGGAUUGUUUGAGCGCAUUUGCUUGAUUGUGGAAAAGGACCGAAUCAAGCCAGGUGAGGCUGCACGUCCAUUCCAGAGAACACGUUACUACGACAGCACGUUGGCGUCGCUGGUGCGAACCGGCGUGCGCCUGCUGUGGAGCGACGGUGCUGAGGAGAGCGCCGGCCUGCUGGCAGACCUGGCACGGCUGGAGCAGCGUAAAGGUCAGGGCAUCGCUGUGCCCCUGGAGGUCAAAGGGCAGCACAGGCAGCAGACCUGGCAGCUGUACUUGAGCCUGCCCUCAGUCAACUAUGUUCACGCUCUCAACAUGAGCCACAACUUUAAGUCCAUCGCCCAACUUAUGAACAGCCCCAUUGAAGACAUACAGAAAGGAGGCUGCAUGAGUCGACCCAGAGCGGAGGAGAUCUAUCGCUUCCUGCGCUACUCCUGUGACUCUUUCCUCAUGAGCACAUCGAAAGCAGGAAAUGCCUGCUAACAGCAUGGGAGAGAAAUCCAUUUCUACUAUUCAUCUUCCGUAUUCUUUUCUGUCCACUUUUUCUUUCUUACUAAUACAUCUUCAA